AUGUCUAAUGAACGAGAGAAACGAGCAAGACUUAGCCAUGCCUGCGAUCGUUGCAGAAAAAGACACGUCAAGUGUGACGGAGACUAUCCUGUUUGUGGAAAUUGCAAGUCAGCUAGCGGAGAAUGCAGCUACAGCCAUCCUGGAAGCAAGAGGGGUUAUGCAGAGACUAUAGACGAUAGACUGAGCAAGAUUGAAAAGGUACUUACACGAUUUUUAGAAGGCACAGACGGUCAAGAGAACCCCCAGCCUGAAACAAAUACUAACUUGAUGAAAGACACGCCGGCAGCGACUACUUACCACAUGGUUGUUGAACCAGACAGCAAUCAGAACUUGAAGUCUAUCCUAGAACAGAUAGGACCAAAAGUCUUGCCGCCAAAAGACUUGGCAGAUACUUUAAUUCAGUCAUUUUUAGAUAACGGCUAUUCUUUUCUUAUGCCCAUAAUACAUAAACCGACGUUUCUCAAACAGCUCAAGGACAAGAACAAUCAACCUUCUUUACUAUUGCUAAAUGCUAUAUUCGCUUUGGGCAGUCUUUUAUGUGACGAUCCACGCACGCGGUAUGAGAACAACCCUAAUACAGCGGGUGAAAUAUUCUAUCUUCGAGCGCUAGAGUUGUUUGAUGAUUUUCUAGAUGCACCCCGAUUAUCGACAAUUCAGGCUAUUCUUAUUCUUUCAAAUUAUAUUAUAAAAUCGGAUCGUAAUUCAACUCGUUUAUGGAUGUAUAUUGGAAUGGCAAUGACUAUGUCAACCGACCUUGGGCUAUAUAAAGAUUCUCAUGAUUUACCCAUAAAUAGAGUGGAGAAAGCGAUGCGCAACCGAUUAUUCUGGGCAACGUUCUGCGUUGAAGUUAUCUCAUACGCAUGCUUCAGAAAACCUCUCCCUAUACGCGAUUUUGUUGAUACUCGACUACCAUACGAAAUAGAGGAAGACGGGGAUGAUGCAGACGAGAUAGUCAGAUUCAUGUACCUUGCCAAACUAAUGAGAAUAUUUGCCAACGUAUUGCAAUCACGUCCGUACCUCUCUCAAACACUUAAUAUACGCAAUACUCUUCCGGCACUGGAUGCUACAUUAAAUUCGUGGCUUUUAGGAUUGCCUGAAAAACUACAAUGCAGCGUACCCGCGGUGGGAGACCCUGAUCCGAAGAUCAUUAGCCCAUAUGUUGCUUCUCUUCAUCAAAUGUACCACACCGCUCUCAUACACGCACACCGGCCAUACAUUGGAUCAGACAAAUACCCAAACAUCCUAUCGAAAGAAAUAUGUCAUAAAUCGGCUAUAAUAAUCACUAAAUUAGGCAGCUGCUUGCCCGCUACAGAGAGAGGUACUUAUUUGAGAUAUAAUCAUAGUGCAUGGAGUAUGAUGACGGCAUCAAUGGUCCAUAUGGCAAAUAUGGCUGAUCCAGAAUUGUCUCUCCAUGGAGAUACAUAUACACAAUUGACAUUACAUCAACUAAAGGCAAUGGGUGAGAACACACGUCUAAUUGGUGGGAACUGUGGCUUGGAUGGGACAAUAAAGGUACUAGAACAAUUAUAUGAGGAUGCCCAGAAAUCUCUAGGAAGACAGGAGACGGCGAGUGAAGCGGACGAGAGCAGGAGCACGAUUAGUACAAACAGUUCGAACAACUCGAGUAGCAAUGACAGUAAUCGUAGUUAUAAUUCUAGUGGUAGAUAUGAAGAUGUGAAAACAAUACCAACGCCUCCUCCAUCAACCAUGCCAGACUCUGGAGACACUGAUAUGUCGUUGCCACCGGAUGCUCUCAAGACUGAAAACAUGAUAGAUGCUAAUGAGAAUAUAUUGAGCUCAGAUUCAACUUCUCCCAUAAUAAUGAUUACGAAAACCGACACCACAUCUAUCGCAGCAGAUGCAAAUACGUCACAAGUACAUCCUCAAGGACAGAAAAGAGAACAGGCACAACCUCAACCAAGAAGACAACAAAAUUAUGCUCAUGCUCACUAUUUAUCAAUAGGCCCUACUGAUUUAAAGACUAACCCGACUCCGGAACCGUCUCCUCAUUUCCCACAACAUCACCAAUACCGUGAAUACUCUCAGUCGCAAGUAUCCAAUGCUGACAUUUCCGGUCACCUUGCGAAUCUUCCAGUGAGUCCGCUGGCACUCAAUGGCAUGGCGCCGAUGUCUGAAGCACCAAUUGUUCCGUCUUCGCAGGACUUUAUCACUAAUAACAAUGGAAUGGAAUAUUCUACUCAGAGAAACGAUCCGUAUUGGGAAGUAAAUUGGAACAUGGAAGAUAAUCAUUCCCAGGCGUCCAAUACAGUUCAGCAUGAAAUAAAUUAUUCAUACAAUGGUUAUAAUCCGACAUCUCCGCCUAUAACUUCGCCUCCAGGAGCUACCAGUACAUUGGCGGCAAUGGCGACGGUGGCUAAUCAUUCUCAAAUUCAUCCUGACCAGGCCUUCUUGAUCUCUGACUCUGCCGGAGGACCAAUGCUGUUGAGCAAUUCUAUCGUGAUGAGUAUAGAUGGACACGCACAUAUAAUGGGAAAUUCACCAGAAAAUGCAAAUAGAAGGAUAAAUAAUCAGAGUGGCGAAAGAAAUCCGAAUGGGAGAGGAUUCGGAACUGGGCAUAAUGGAGGGAUAGAUAGUUUUUCGAAUCCAAUGCCGAAUGGACAAAUACAGCACAUACAGUCGAAUGGACAAAUACAGCAUGUACAAUAUCAUAGUAUUGUUACACAAAGUGAAAUCGAGACAAGUGACCAGGGAUGGAAUUACAAAUAA